CAAACUCACCACACAUACACACACACACGCACACACGGAUCCAGUGGCUGCUCUGUAUCUCUCACACUCACCCACUCUCAUCAUUUUCUCUCUCUCUCUCUGUCUCGCUCCCUCUGUCUCUCACUCCAUUUCUCUGGGCUCUGCAUUCUUCUUGCUUCUUCUCACAAGUCAGAUUGUGUUUGUAAGUAUGCACUGAAUGUCUCCCUGUGUAUGCUUGGGUUUCCUUAGGUCUUGAUGUAUGUGUGAGUGACUGGUUGACUACUUUAGUGUGACUGAGCAGAGCAGUGAGGAGGAUCAAGUGUAUGUGGAUCUCUGUCUCACCCUCACACACUCGCCGGUCCUCUUGCAACUCUUCUCGGGAUCUCUGGAUCCCUUUCCUCGGUGACAGGCUCCCCACACCAAGCAGUCACCAUUUCUGCCCCCGGGAGACCCACGCUGGCAGCGCAGCCCCUUCCCCGACUCAGCAUCGGGAGGAAGACCCUGGUGGCGGCUGCCGUAGGGGUUAUGCUGGUCCUGGUGCUGGUGGUCCUCAUUCCCGUGCUUGUCAGCUCUGUGGGUACAGAUGCCAGCCACUAUGAGAUGCUGGGCACCUGUCGUAUGGUGUGCGACCCCUACCUGAACAAGGGCACUCCGGCAAGCAGCACCAGCUCCACCGGUCUCCAGGCUGAGGCAGAGGCGCUGAGCGACCACAGCAACGUGCUUCCACCCUCCACCUUACUGCAGGGCCCACAGGGGAAGCCUGGCAAGCCUGGCAAGCCCGGACCACCUGGACCGCCGGGAGAACCGGGGCCACCAGGACCAGCGGGUCCUCCUGGUGACAGAGGUGAUCAAGGAAGGACUGGGAUUUUGGGUCUGGGGGGGAACGGAGCUAUCAGCACGGCCACCUACAGCACGGUGCCUCGGGUGGCCUUCUAUGCAGGGCUUAAGAACCCCCAUGAAGGCUACGAGAUCCUCAAAUUUGACGACGUAGUCACCAACCUAGGCAACAACUAUGAUGGUAUUUCAGGCAAGUUCAUCUGCAGCAUACCGGGCACAUACUUCUUCAUCUACCAUGUGCUGAUGAGAGGAGGGGACGGCACCAGCAUGUGGGCAGACCUCUGCAAAAAUGGCCAGGUUCGUGCCAGCGCCAUUGCUCAAGACGCUGACCAGAACUAUGACUAUGCCUCUAACAGCGUCAUCCUCCAUCUGGACGCAGGGGACGAGGUUUACAUCAAACUGGAUGGAGGCAAAGCCCAUGGAGGAAACAACAACAAGUACAGCACCUUCUCUGGCUUCAUCCUCUACGCAGACUGAGAACAGACAGACAGAGACAGUCAGUCAGACAGGAAGAGAGAGAAAGUUGUACGACAGGUGGGGUGUGUGUGUGUGUGUGUUAAAGGCCGGAAUGCUUUCUAGUUUUCCUAAUUCUCUCCAUCAUCACGGACACCUCUGCUUCAUAUCCAUCAGCCAAGACAUCCAGGCUCUAUAGCCGAGCCUAGAUGCAAAGCUCCUGAGGACACACUGAGAGGGGAGUGGGACGUGGGGUGGAGGUAGGCUGGUUUUUCUUCACUCCUCGCAACGAUGCCGACGUGUCAGAAGCUCCUCGCUUUCAGUGUCUCUCCUCUUCAGCCCUGCUCCAUUGCACAGAAAAAUCAACAACAAAAACGAAAACCCUGCAAAAGUGGACGAUCUCAUCUCUUCUCUCCAGUGGCAACACUCAGAUAUACUGUCAGUGGACUCGAUUGACUGAAACUUGUAGUGUUGUUCCGUGCAAUUUUCCUUAGAUUGUGUUUUAUUUUGUAGCCAUGCAUAGUAUUCUACACAAAUGAGAUUUAAAAAAAAAAGAAUAUAUUUAUCCCUUGUGAAGAUAUCCUGUUUGACUGAGAGAUUUGUGAGAUAUUAUUUGUGAUGCAGCUCAGAGAUCUAACAGCUGGAAAAGAAAUCUUUAAAUGAACACUGUCAGUAUUUCAUGGCAGUGGGUGUUUUUCUUCAUCGCUGGGUACAGCUAGGUAACUAUAUAUUGUUCAUGUGGAGAAUAACAAUUCUGCACUGUACUUUCCAAUGUAUCUGAAAAUGGAAACAUCUCAUAUUGACAAUACCUUUUCCACAAACCACCUGACACUGUUUGCACACACACAAUGUCCUGCUGCUGUUCGGAUUAAAAGUAGAAUUCAAAUCAUCUCUUCAAUGUUUUAGUUUUGUGUAGAUGCUCUACUCUGCACAACCAGCCAUGUGAUGAAGCAAAUUCUUCAGAUUCAGUGGUAACCUAGUUGAAGAGCGCCUGUUCUUUAUUCUUCUUUGCUGUGUCGACCUCCAAGCCUUCUUGCGCGGUAAAAAAAAAAGGGGCUUCUGAAGUGGAGGGAGAGGGAGAGAAAGUCACAAAGACGGAGAGAGAAAGAGUGAGAAGUGAGUGAAGUGCUGGGGAGGGGCGUUCAGGCACAAUAACAGUAGCGGGCAAAUUUUAGGUUUCAGUGUCUCUGAGCUUCACUGAAUGUCAUCCAUUCAUUAGCUGCGUAUUCACUGACAUACAGGCAUUAUGGUAAUAUUUACUCAACAUGGCGGCCUGACAGCUUGCUUGAGAAGGAAAUUGAUUGGGUGAGUGACUUGGUCUUUGAUGACUGCACAUUUGUGUGUUUGUGUGCACGUGUUUGUAUGUGUGAGUAUGUAUGUGUCUGUGCAUACCAGUGAGUGUCUGCAUUUUAGCAUGUGCCGUGCCAUAGCUACAUCAUUCUUUUUCAGAGUUAUUCUGUGCUACAGCCAAUGACAGAUAUUUUGCUCAGCAGCCAAUGAGAUUGUGCUCUGUAGGUUGGGAAGCCUCUAUAGAUAUGAUGAGAAGAACAAACAGCUUGUAAAUUAAAUCUAUGACAUGUUUGUCUAUCUUUUGGAAUUGUUGAAUACGUUUAAAUAAUAAAUGGGAUUUUUUGAGUGA